AUGUCUGUUCGCUUUGCAGAACCCGAUAUAAUUGACGAAGGUGAAGAAGAAACUGUAACACGUUCAUUUUAUGAUUUUGGUCUUGAUAAUCGUCUAUUAAAAUCUAUAGCCGAUUUACAAUGGCCAUCACCAACACCCAUACAAGCUGAAACAAUUCCAUAUGCAUUAUCGGGUAAAGAUCUUCUUAUUAAAGCACGUACUGGUAGUGGUAAAACCGGUGUUUAUGCAAUAGCAGCUAUUCAACAUUUAUUAACAAAACAACAAACAACAAAUCGUAAUGUUCGUAUAUUAAUAUUAUCACCAACAAAAGAAUUAUGUCAUCAAAUAUCAUCAGUUUUAUUUAAAUUAACAACAUAUUGUCAUCGUGAAAUAAAUUUAUAUGAUUUAUCAAAUUCAUUAUCAACACAAAUACAAAAACAAUCAUUAUUAUUAAAUAAUAAUUCAUUACCAGAAAUAAUUAUAUCAACACCAACAAAAUUACUUGAACAUUUAAAAGAUCAUACAUCAUUAUUAAAUUUAAAUACAUUAGAAUUAUUUAUACUUGAUGAAGCUGAUAUACUUUAUUCACUUGGUUAUGGAAAUGAUAUGAAAAAAAUUUCAAAAUAUUUACCAUCAAAAUCAAAAUCAUAUCAAUGUUUUUUAAUAUCAGCAACACUUAAUAAUGAUAUUUUACAAUUGAAACAAUUAUUUCUUCAUAAUCCAGUUAAAAUAAAUCAAAAUGAUGAUUAUUCAACAAUAUUACCUGAUAAUAAACAAUUACUACAAUAUUAUAUUUAUUGUGAACAUGAUCAAAAAUUUGUUUUAAUUAUAACUAUAUUAAAAUUACAAUUAUUAAUUGGUCGUACAAUAUUAUUUGUUAAUUCAGUUGAACAAGCAUAUAGAUUAAAAUUAUUAAUGGAACAAUUUCAUAUAAAAACUUGUUUAUUAAAUAGUGAAUUACCUAUGGAUUCACGUUUACAUAUUGUUCAGCAAUAUAAUGAUGGAUUAUAUGAUAUAAUGAUUGCAACAGAUGCACCAAAUGCUUUACCCGAAAAAGAAGAAGAAGAACAAACUGAAGCAGAACCUGAAGAAGAGUCAAAAAAGAAGAAAAAGAAGAAAACGGAAAAUGUAACACGAAAAGGAGAUAAAGAAUAUGGUGUAUCACGUGGUAUUGAUUUUUAUCGAGUAGCUAAUAUUAUCAAUUUUGAUUUUCCGAUGGAUUUUGAUUCAUAUGUUCAUCGAGUCGGACGAACUGCUCGUGUAGAUCAAAAAGGUUUAGCUCUUUCAUUAAUAUCACAAAAAGAAAUGCCAUAUUUUGAAAUAGUACGCGGUGAACUUGAAAAUGAAUAUGGUGAAGAUAUGUUUCAUUUAUAUCGUUUUAAAUCUGAACAAGUUGAUGGUUUUCGUUAUCGUGUAUUAGAUGCUUUACGUGCUAUAACACGUGUAUCAAUACGUGAAGCACGUUUAAAAGAAAUAAAAUCUGAAAUAUUUAAUUCAAAAAAAUUAAAAACCUAUUUUAAUGAUAAUAAAAAAGAAUUACAAUUACUUCGACAUGAUUCAGCUUUACAUAUUGUUAAAGUAAAAGAACAUUUAAAACAUGUACCUGAUUAUUUAAUUCCAAAUUCAUUGAAAAAAACUUCAUCAACUAAUUCUGAACAACCAAUAUCAACAAAUAAUAAAAGAAAAUCUGAUACAAUAAAUAAAAAUGUUAAAAGAAUGAAACAUAAUAAUCCUUUAUCAAAUUCAUUAAAUGCUGUUACAGUUUUAAAAAAAGAAAUAGCACGAAAAAAAACUUAG